AUGGCUGCUAGAAAACCUGCCAAAGUUAUAACAUGGAGGGACUUGAUCGGUGAGAAGGACUGGAAAGGUCUUUUGAACCCUCUGAAACCUGAACUGGGCCAGGAGCUCAGUCACUACUGUAAUUUGAUCAGAGUCAUCGAAAACUCCUUCCAGAGCAAAAAGGAUUCGCCGUUGUUGGGGCUUCCCCAACACAGCGAGAACGAACUCCUCACCAUCGCCGAUUUGUCAAAUCACUACGUGGUGGAGAAAUAUUUGUAUGCUUCAACCAAGAACAUUAGGCCUGAGCAAGGCCAUGAUGAUUACCCACUUGGACCGAAGUCCGGAUACUCGAAUUGGAUCGGUUACACCAGCCGUAAGCACGGAUCAAGGGACGGCCCAUCUUGGAAGAUUCUAGAAGUGGUGAAAGGGUUGGUGGCCAAAUACCAAUCGGAGGAAAACCUCAGCAUUGUAGUGACGGGGUUCAGCAUGGGAGGUGCAUUUGAGACGUUAAUUGCAACAGAUCUCGUCUACAACAGAUAUAACAAGGCUGACGGCCGGGAAAAUGCUAUUCCGGUGACGGUAUUUGCAUUCGCCAACUCACCUCUUGGAAAUAAAGAUUUCUACAAUGUGGCAUCUAAGCUUGACGAUCUUCACAUUUUGCUUGUGAAACACGAAAGCGACGUAAACCCAGAUAAUCCAACCCAGAAAGACGAUUACUAUCAUGUUGGAGAAAAGUUAAUCGUCGAAAUGGGUGUGCACGAUUUGGACGUUUACAGCCUGGCCAUUACUCAAUCUCAACAGGUUGAUCAGACUAGUCUCGCAUCUAUGUGCCCAGCAAAAUGA